AAUGUGAUUAGGCGGAGAAAGGAUUCAUUCUUUUCCAGUUUAGUUGGUUUUGCUCGUAGAUGAGUGUGUUGUUGUGUAUAUCUACAGCUGUGACCCGAGGACAUCUACACCCCAGAGAUGGUGGCCCUUCAGUAAGAUGUUGGAAGAAACACUUGACAAAAAUCAUCACGUCAACCCUGACCUGGAAAGUUAAAUGCCAUCUCAAUAUACAGGGCGAAGAUGUUUGUGGUCUCCUUGUCGAGAUGUCUACAGAUGUGUGUGUCUUUGAUAAUGGUGUCCAGACUACAAGGCAGGGUCUCAGUUCCAGCACGCUAUGAGGCUCAAGUUGACAAGCCCUUCACUUUAAGCUGCACACUUGUCAAGUCUAAAGGAGAAACGGUUCAUCAGAUCCGCUGGAUGGAUGCACAGAACCAGACCUUGAUCAGCUACCAGCCUGGUCAGCAGGACAGUGUGAGCGGUCAACAGCAUGUGACGCUCGCCGCCUCUUCGCGUGAUGCCAGCGCCAUCACCAUCAAAAGAGUCAGCUACAGAGAUGAGGGCUGUUACACUUGUAUCUUUGAUAUUUAUUCCAAGGGUUCACGAGAGGGACAGACCUGCCUUACUGUCACAGCAACAGUGAUAUCAGAUGGUGAUAAGACUGCUGUGGGUGGCAAAGAGGCAUCUCUGGCCUGUCGGUACGGCCUGGCAGAGAAAGUCAAGCAGUUAUUUUGGAAGAAGAUCGUGAACAAGGCUGAAACCCGUGAGGUUGCCUUUUUUGCUAAGCAGAGUGACCCCGUAAUUGAAAAAGAGUACAUGGAGCGUGUGAGUCUGAGCCCUUCACUAUCUGACACACAGCUUACAUUUUGGCCAGUCAAAACUGAAGAUGAAGGCUGCUACACAUGCGAGUUUCACACGUACCCAGAUGGGACCAAGAGCGCCACAAGUUGCCUCACUGUAUAUGUCCUGCCCAAACCUCAAGUAAGUUACAAGACCAAAACUCCAGGAGUGAUUGAAGCAAACUGUACGGCUGUUGCCCGGCCACAGGCUGAAAUCGUGUGGAAUGUGGAGGGUAAUAACAGGACCAUUGGUCCACCUGUAACCACCGCUAUCCAACAAAGUGAUGGGACAACGCUGGUUAUUAGUACCCUAACCAUACAGGCUGGACUCUUGAAGGAUGUUUCGGUCAAAUGUCUUGUUCACCACAAAGGCCUGGAGACUGCUAUUGCUGUUUCUAUGAACACUAAGAUUGGCACAGCACUCGCUAUCCUGAUCUCUGUGACUACUGUAGCUUUUCUCCUGGUUCUUUGCCUGUGUUUCUGUUUGUGGAAGUGUGUCCUGCGUAAGGAUGAACCUGAAGAGCAAAAUGUACCCAGAAGAGUAAGAAGAGAACAAGAAACAAAAGUUGACAGUUGAAUAUUGAAAAAGUUCAUUGGAUACGCUGGAAACCGCUUACCUGAAGAAAGUUUCCUCAUGUUUCCUCAGCUGCUUUUACAGCCAAAAAUCACCAGUGAACCUUCUCUACAUAAAACAAGAAGUUAUUUACAUUGAAAAUCCUUGUGGCGCAGUAUUUAAAGAAGAUACUAUAUAACUAGUAUAAAGGUUAAAGAUUUGCAUAUUUGGAUUGCACAUACACUCUUAGAACGGAUGUAUUAAAAACAACACCAUCAGUGUUAGUUUAGAGACGACACACUAAAACAACACAUUUUGUGUUACUUUUAACACAAAAUCAACACAAAAUGACACGUAACGUGUUAAUAGCAUAACAUAAAAAAUGUGCAAAAAUUAACACAUCCUUUCCUAGAGUGUAGAGUUUAACACUAUAAUGCACAAAUUAUUGAAUCACAAAGUUAAAACAAUGUUUAGGAUAUUAUCAUAUUCCUUCUUUCUCUCAUUAUGUUUUUUAAGAAAGCUGGCCACUGUGAUGGUAUAUA